CGAGUAACAUACGAGUACAAAUGAGUAACAUACGAGUGACAUACGAAUACAUACAAGUAACAUACGAGUAACAUAGCUUUGCACGACCUUUGUACGUGAAGCGUUUUCAGCAAUGCAGAUGUGCAGAUGCCGACUCCCUUGUUUUAUUACGCCACAAACAGGAAACAAAACAGUUUUUUCCGUGGACUUUCACAAACAUGGUCGCAUAUCUGUGUUCGGCGUUAGUUGAAAAUGAGGCUACAGUGACAAAGCAACCCUGGAAAAAAGCUGCAGUUGCUUUAAAAACAAACUCCAGCUCGUUCAGAAGAACUCCGUUUAUCACAAAGCCGAUGAGUUACGUGGAAAUUCUGUCUCGCAUGGAGGCUUCAUCUCUUGAGGACAUUCUCUCUUCUCCAAGCCCCGAUACGUACUCCCCGACCGAAGAGAACAGUGAGGGGAACAGUUCGUCAUCACAGGGUGCCUUCACGUAUCCGGGAAGUGCGGACGAAAACGACAACGAGGUGCAGUAAAUUAGAAAAACAAGCUGUUAUCAGCGUACCCAAGUACACACGAAUGCUCUCUUUAACCUACAAACAUCAGUUCGUUUUAGAACGAAAAGAAGCGAUACUUAGAAUCGACCGACGUUUUGAUGACUCCAUGUCAUCAUUAUCAAAUUCAAAGUACAUCAUAAAAUCAAUUCUAUUAUCUACUUUGAACUUGAUAUGAUGACAUAGAGUCGUCGAAAUGUCGUUAGAUUUUAAGUAUCGCUCAUUUUUGUUCCAAAAUGUUUUGCAAAACCUUACGUUAUUAGAAGCAUCAGUUCUCCUGAGGAAUACCGUGCUUUUCGUUUUGUGGAAAUUUGUAUUGCGCUGUGUAAUUUUGAUGAAGCGCAAAUUCUGAUGUGGCGUGUAAACUUUGUGGUUGUGUGUAUUGUGAUGUUGUGGUUCCACUGUACUAGGUUUCACUGAUGCAUGGUCCCGUAACAUGGCCGGGGGGGGGUACUCCCAUAUAUUGAUAGGGUAUGGUUUUUGAAGUUCCCCGUCCUUAAAUGGGGUAUCAUUUUUGCCCCCGUUGGUCCUGUUGGCAUUGGGUUCCCGAUGUGAUCCUUCGAUUGAAUCAGCUAAAAUUCCAGUGCAAAAAUUCCCAGCCAAACGAAAAACAAAUUCUAUGUUUGAUGAGUUAACUUUCAAUGUUACAGAAACGAAAUAAAGCGGACCCGUUCACGCCAUUCUCCCUUGAACAGGGUGUCAUUUUUCGGGUUUGUGCCUUAAUAAGGUAUCAAUUUGCGUCUGCUUCAUCCUUACCGAAAUAAGGUCAGGGUAUUAAGACCCUUCGCAGCACAGCUAUCCGAAAAUUACGGGAGUACUCCCCUUCUGUAUUAGUUCCACUUACUUAAUUGUAUGUUGUGGGGGGGUCACAUUCCAUGCGUAAAUACAUAAACAGUGAUGCAUAAUUUGUUUGAUAAAAUACAAGUCUGUUUAAAAAGCAUAAGGCUGAGUGGUGCUACAAGAUCCAAUCACAUAUCAUCAAAGGUAACAAUUGUAAACCUCUACAAACUAUUUGUGUAUAAUCGAAAAUACCAAACUACUGAGUUUAACUAUAACCAGGUUAUAACGUCUUAGAAGGAACAUGUAAUUACAUUGUUGCAUCAUUUCUGCUUAGUCAUUAGCAGCUGACUCGUCGACAAACAUUGCAUGUUUUAUUAUUAUUACUGAUUUAACUUGAAGUUGAUGAAGGCCCUUGCAGUUUUCGUCUCGAAUGUCGGUUUUCGUGCACGAGCAAACAAGACAAAGAGUAAAAAAAA